GCGGCCGCCUCAGCGGUGCCGGGCGGCAGCUGCCGGCCCCGCAGUCAGGCGCGGCGCGGGCAGCCCGCGGGGGCCUCGCGGGCGGGUGUAGGCGGCGCGGCGCGGGGGAGCCGCUUCCUUUUGCGCUCGGCAGCCGCGGAGGAAGGAUGGGGAAGUGCCGUGGGCUCCGCACCGCCAGGAAGCUGCGCAGCCACCGCCGCGACCAGAAGUGGCACGACAAGCAGUACAAGAAGGCGCACCUGGGCACGGCGCUGAAGGCCAACCCCUUCGGCGGCGCCUCGCACGCCAAGGGCAUCGUCCUGGAGAAAGUUGGAGUAGAAGCUAAACAGCCCAACUCUGCCAUCAGGAAAUGCGUAAGAGUCCAACUGAUCAAGAAUGGCAAAAAAAUAACAGCCUUCGUUCCUAACGAUGGUUGCCUGAACUUCAUUGAGGAAAACGAUGAAGUGCUGGUUGCUGGUUUCGGUCGGAAGGGUCAUGCUGUUGGUGACAUUCCUGGAGUUCGCUUCAAGGUUGUCAAAGUAGCCAACGUUUCUCUUUUGGCCUUGUACAAGGGCAAGAAAGAGAGACCCCGAUCAUAAACUGAAGUUAACUUGCCAAGAAUAACAAUAAAUUUUUUUGAUUGGAAAAA